UCCGUCCCGGAACUGUGGGAGCCAAAUGAAGAUAUCUACUGAUUGAAAUGGCGUCAGGCUCGGUACGAGGCUGGGCUCUGUGCACCGCUUCUCUGCUCAACUUUGCGUUCGUCUUCAUCACCGGUGCGGACUUCAUUCGGUUCGUGUCGUUUCGGGCCAUUUAUCACAACAUCACCGGAGAGACGACGCUGUGCCGAGACUCCAUACCGUGGUCGGAGGCCCUGCAGGACGGCUCAGUCCUCAGGUCUCUGCUGGUGGAUCUGGGUCUGCUGCUUCUCUUCACCACACAGCACAGUCUGCUGGCCUGGUCUCCGGUCAAACAGCUUCUCCAGUCGGUGUUCGGGCCUCUGAACAGGACGGCGUACUGCUUCACUACUGCUCUGGCCCUCCAGAUUUUGAUGCGGUACUGGCAGCCAGUGACCGGCGCCCCCUGCCUGUGGUCGGUCCGUCAUGCACCCUGGAGCAUCUGGUUCCCUCUGCUCUGCUUCACGCUGCACUUCCUCUGCUGGGCCAUCAUCUGCAGCAUCCUCAUGAUGUUUGAUUACCCAGAGCUGCUGGGCAUCAAGCAGGUGUACUACGAGUGUCUGGGUUUAGGAGACCCUCUGUCUGAGGAGUCUCCCGCCGCCCGCCGCCUCCUGUCUCACCUCCGCCACCCGGUGUGUCUGGAGCUGGCCGUGGUGCUGUGGCUGCUGCCGGCCUUGUCCCUGGACCGGCUGCUGCUGGCGGGGACUCUGUCGGCCUACCUGGCCCUGGCUCACUCCCUGGACGGAGACGAUCUGUCCUACCUGUGUGUUCAGGUCAGCAGCAGGAUGCAGCUGUUUGGAGCUCCACAGCAGGAGAAGUGAUUUAAAUCUGAGAGUCUCUGCGAUCUUCUGAAAGGCUCACGUCUGCUGUUUGUGUCAUUUUCAAUGUGGUUUUAGAAAAAGGAGAGUUUUAUUUACAAAAUGUUUUUAUCCUAAAUGCCAAACUGUUUCCAAAAGUGGCUCUAAUUUAACCCUCCUGUUGUCCUCAUUUACAGGCACCAAAAAUAGAGUUUCCUUGUCUGAAAAAAUUCAAAAAUUCAGCAAAGAAAUCCCCCAAAUUUUAGAAAAUUUGCAAAACCUUCAGGAAGAAAAUUCCAAUAAUUCCUAAAAAAUUUUAUUUUGAAAAAUCCCCCAAAUUUGGCAAGAAAAUUCUUCUAAAUCUUUUUAAAAAAUGAGUAAAAAUCUUACUAAAAAAUCUUAAAAAUAUCUACAGUGAUUCCAUAUGUAUCAGUAAAGCUUCUAAUAUUUUCUUUAAGAACAUUCACAUAAAAAUCGACCAAAAUCCAGUGAAAUUCGCAGGAUUUUGGUCGAUUUUUAUGUGAAUGUUCUUAAGAAACAUUUUUAACAUUUCUUUUUUUUUCCACCAAAAAUGCUGAAAAUAUGGACAUCAGAAGUUUCACUGAAAAUAUAUUUUUUCCACAUUUUCAAACUUUAAAUUUGCAAAACUUUCAGGAAGAAAAUUCCAAUAAUUCCUCAAAAAUUUCCUUUUAAGAUUUGACUAAAAAAUUCCCCCGAAUUUGGCAAGAAAAUUCUUGUAAAUAAUUUCAAAAAAUGAGUAAAAAUCUUCAAAAAAAAUCCUAAAAAUAUCUGAAGUGAUUACAUAUAUAUCAGUAAAACUUAUGAUAUUUUUAAAAAAAUAUUUUUGACAUCUUUUUUUACACCAAAAAUGUUCAAAAAAAUUCCAAAAAUGUUGAAAAUGUGGACAUCAGAAGUUUCACAGUGGAAUUUUUUUUUUUUUCCACAUUUUCAAACUUUAAAACGAGUCAAUCUGAUCUGCUGGACGACACAAGGGUUAAGUACAUUUCUACAAGGUUUCUUAGAAUUUUGUAUAAUUUAGGAGGUAAAAUUAGAUCUAAAUCAAUUUUAUCCAGAAAAAACUGUAAUAAAACAAUCCAAAUGUUGAAUUUUUUACUCCACUACGUCGUUUUUGUUUAGGAUGUUGUUACAGCCGUGUGCCAUCACUGUGUGUCUCUGAACACUAAUUUCAGGUUUAUUCGUCACACUCAGGCUUCAUUUCUGUUACUCUGAAGGUAUUUCUGCAGCUGAGGGACUUGAACGCGCUGGGCUGAUCUUUCUUGGUAUUUCAGGUUACUUUAUAAUCAGGAGAACCACUAUUUUCCAAAAAGAAUGCUGUUCAUUCUUGACCUAAAGUACUGUAAUGUUGGAUUUCAUACGCAAAGCCGAGUGUUACUGAUGUAAAAUACUGACAUGUUUGUUUGUUUAUGUCUGUUUUUAUGUAUUUUUAAAGAGCAGAAGCAGAUUGAUGACAUUUUAAAAUCGCUGUGUGUUUUUUUUUUAUUAUAACAUUCGUUGUCAAGGCAACAGGGAGUCAGGAACCACUUGAUAUUCGUCUGAAAUAACAGCCGAAAUGUCGCAGGUAAACACUGAGAACAUGAUAUUAAUGGGAGGCUCUGAACUUCAUUUGCUGAUUAUGGACGAGGAUGGAACAAACAGCCGCAGUAACUCACUGAAAAAGAACAAACUGCUGGUUGAAAAAUACACAUUUAUGAUCUGGA